UAUUGUUGGACGGAGCAAAAAUAAAAGAAGGAGCUUCAGAGCAGGAUGCUUUUGAAGAUGCUUAUUUCGUUAAGUGUUCUUUUAACCGUUAUAGAUUUGACUACCAGUCAGUGGUGCACCAAAUUACGAAGAGAUAAAGUAUAUUAUAAUGAACCUAGAGAGUACAUUCAAACUUAUUUAACUUCGAAUUGGUUAGGACUCACUGUGCAAAGAACCAGAUAUGCACAGACUUGGGAUUACAAAUAUAAAUAUGUAACAAGAACUGAAAGGUAUUGCUGUGCUGGUUACGUUAUGAGGAACAACCAAUGCGUGUCCGCUUGCGUGCCUAACUGCCCUGCCAACAGUCGAUGCACCGAUGUCAACAAAUGCACUUGCGAUUAUGGUUACACUUCCACCACGUCUAUUCCUAGAGACAUUGUCUGCGAGCCGAAGUGCACUGCAGGCUGUCAGUCGCAUAGUACUUGUACACAACCCGAGACUUGCACAUGCGAUUCGGGAUAUGAAAGACGCUGGGAUGGCAUAUGUGAACCCAUUUGCCAAGAGCGCUGUUCUGAACAUGCGAUUUGUACAGCGCCAGAUACUUGUAGCUGCGUAGAGGGUUAUAAAUUAAAUGAAGACUUAAAAGAAUGUGUGCCAGAAUGCCAAAACGGUUGCGGCUUGAAUAUGUACUGCCAAUCGCCAAAUCAAUGUGCUUGUCGCACUGGCUACAAAUUACAUUGAAACGCCACAAUUGAAGCAGAUGAGACCACCGUAAGCAGCAGCGAGUGGUGUUUUCCUGUCUGCAAUGUAGGCUGUCCCGCGAACAGUGAGUGCUUUGCGCCAGAGGAAUGCCGUUGUUUGGAGGGUUACACUAUGCCAACCGCAGACGAAGAGACUCAGAUGAGUAGUAAUGGCGAAUGUGUGCCAGUGUGUGUGGAUAAAUGCCCACAACAUGCUAGUUGCGUUAGUCCGAAUGUGUGCGAAUGCGCGUCGGGUUAUGAAUUGCUUCAUCCGCCCCAACAUCGUCAAUACUGUCAAGCACAAUGCACGCAGAAUUGCGAACUGAAUGGAAAAUGUGUGGCGCCGGACGUAUGUGAGUGCUUUCCCGGCUAUGAGCAUGUGAAGAGUACAAACGCCAGCUCAGAUCCAAAACAGCUCUACUGUCAACCGGUUUGCUCCAACGGUUGCGCGCAUGGCAAUUGCGUGGGACCCGAAAUGUGUAUCCGUCAGCCAGGCUAGCUGAUGGGCGCGCAAGGUGUGUGCGAUCCCACUUGCACCAAAGGAUGUCUGAAUGGGCGCUGUGUUGACGUCGAAGUUUGCGCAUGUAAUGACGGCUAUCAACUCUCCGCAGACGACUCUGGUAAAUGCAAACCCAUUUGCAGUAAACCCUGCAUCAAUGCAGACUGCGUCGCGCCGGAGCUUUGUCUCUGUCGAGAGAAGUAUAAACCUAUGCCUGAUGAGGGCAACUCUAACAUAUGUACACCAAUGUGUUGGCCGGAAUGUGUAAAUGGUGUUUGCAUUGCACCCGAUCAGUGUAGCUGUAAUGAGGGUUAUGUGCAAUCAUCAAACACAACACAGCUGCACAUCUGCUCGCCGUACUGCUCUGGCUGCAUAGGUGGCUAUUGCGCAGCACCAGCGAAGUGCGUCUGUCCCGAGGGCGAGGAAUUGUCAGUUAUUGGAGACACAUCCGAAUGUACGACAAUCACAACGAGUAAUAUGGCCACAGUUGCUGCAAUGGACGAUACUACAACAAGUACGGUUGAAACCACCACAGCAAUAUCUGCCACCACUGAAAGCUUUGUGUGGCUGAACUGCACUGAGGAAGUUGAGCUGUUGAGUGACACGACUUAUGGGGAGGAAAUGGACGCUUUGUUGCAGCCCAUCGAUUUGAAUAAGUGCACCGACACCGACACUAAAUGGCUUAAGAAGGAGCUUCAGAGCAGGAUGCUUUUAAAGAUGCUUAUUUCGUUAAGUGUUCUUUUAACCGUUAUAGAUUUGACUACCAGUCAAUGGUGCACCAAAUUACGAAGAGAUAAAGUAUAUUAUAAUGAACCUAGAGAGUACAUUCAAACUUAUUUAACUUCGAAUUGGUUAGGACUCACUGUGCAAAGAACCAGAUAUGCACAGACUUGGGAUUACAAAUAUAAAUAUGUAACAAGAACUGAAAGGUAUUGCUGUGCUGGUUACGUUAUGAGGAACAACCAAUGCGUGUCCGCUUGCGUGCCUAACUGCCCUGCCAACAGUCGAUGCACCGAUGUCAACAAAUGCACUUGCGAUUAUGGUUACACUUCCACCACGUCUAUUCCUAGAGACAUUGUCUGCGAGCCGAAGUGCACUGCAGACUGUCAGUCGCAUAGUACUUGUACACAACCCGAGACUUGCACAUGCGAUUCGGGAUAUGAAAGACGACGCUGGGAUGGCAUAUGUGAACCCAUUUGCCAAGAGCGCUGUCCUGAACAUGCGAUUUGUACAGCCCCAGAUUCUUGUAGCUGCGUAGAGGGUUAUAAAUUAAAUGAAGACUUAAAAGAAUGUGUGCCAGAAUGCCAAAACGGUUGCGGCUUGAAUAUGUACUGCCAAUCGCCAAAUCAAUGUGCUUGUCGCACUGGCUACAAAUUACAUUCAAACUCCACAAUUGAAGCAGAUGAGACCACCGUAAGCAGCGGCGAGUGGUGUUUUCCUGUCUGCAAUGUAGGCUGUCCCGCGAACAGUGAGUGCCUUGCGCCAGAGGAAUGCCGUUGUUUGGAGGGUUACACUAUGCCAACCGCUGACGAAGAGACUCAGAUGAGUAGUAAUGGCGAAUGUGUGCCAGUGUGUGUGGAAAAAUGCCCACAACAUGCUAGUUGCGUUAGUCCGAAUGUGUGUGAAUGCGCGUCGGGUUAUGAAUUGCUUCAUCCGCCCCAACAUCGUCAAUACUGUCAAGCACAAUGCACGCAGAAUUGCGAACUGAAUGGAAAAUGUGUGGCGCCGGACGUAUGUGAGUGCUUUCCCGGCUAUGAGCAUGUGAAGAGUACAAAUGCCAGCUCAGAUCCAAAACAGCUCUACUGUCAACCGGUUUGCUCCAACGGUUGCGCGCAUGGCAAUUGCGUGGGACCCGAAAUGUGCAUCUGUCAGACGGGCUACCUCAUGGGCGCGCAAGGUGUGUGCGAUCCCACUUGCACCAAGGGAUGUCUGAAUGGGCGCUGUGUGGAUGUCGAAGUUUGCGCCUGUAAUGACGGCUAUCAACUCUCCGCAGACGACUCUGGUAAAUGCGAACCCAUUUGCAGUAAGCCCUGCAUCAAUGCAGACUGCGUCGCGCCGGAGCUUUGUCUCUGUCGAGAGAAGUAUAAACCUAUGCCUGGUGAGGGCAUUUCUAACAUAUGUGCACCCAUGUGUUGGCCGGAAUGUGUAAAUGGUGUUUGCAUUGCACCCGAUCAGUGCAGCUGUAAUGAGGGUUAUGUGCAAUCAUCAAACACAACACAGCUGCACAUCUGCUCGCCGUACUGCUCUGGCUGCAUAGGUGGCUAUUGCGCAGCACCAGCGAAGUGCGUCUGUCCCGAGGGCGAGGAAUUGUCAGUUAUUGGAGACACAUCCGAAUGUACGACAAUCACAACGAGUGAUAUGACCACAGUUGCUGCAAUGGACGAUACUACAACAAGUACGGUUGAAACCACCACAGCAAUAUCUGCCACCACUGAAAGCUUUGUGUGGCUGAACGGCACUGAGGAAGUUGAGUUGUUGAGUGACACUACUAUUGGGGACGAAAUGGACGCUCUGUUGCAGCCAAUCGACUUGGAAAAGUGCACCGACACGUGUGAUUGUUGGAAGGAAAGUUCUAGCGCUGAUUGCUUUGAAAUAUGUGGGUCAAAAGAAAGUAAUUGCCUGGAGCCACAGUUUUCUCGUUGCAUAGAAUUAGGCAAACGAAUUGAAUACAAAGGUUCUGUUGCACCGAAAAUAUAUACCUGCGUAUACUCUCCGAAAACUGGCGGCGCUGCGCAAUCAUUUCGCAAGACUAUUGAUGGCUUGAUAUUCGCUGCGUUCAUGUUGGCUGUGUUUAUUUGAGCAUCAAGGCAUCGUCAGUGCCUUUUUAGUAGAUCAUUUAUGUUUAUAAUGUUCCGGAAAUAUCUCUUAUGUAUAUCCACCAGCUGAAAAAUACAGCUGUGUUUAAGCUACUCGUAUAUGAGUUUUAUUUACAAAUAUUUAUUGUGCAAUUAUAUUCUAUGGUAAAAUUACAUUUACAAAAUAAAAAACAACAGCAAUAAAAA